GCGGCGGAGGCGGCGGUGGCAGCGGCGUCGGUGGCAGCGGCGGCGGCGGUGGCGGCUGGGCAGGGUUCUUGCAGUACUGAGACGGUGCGUGAUCCGGGACGUAGAGUUCGGUGGGAUUGUGGGCUGGGCUGACUGUGGGGGCUGCAGCCUCAUGGCUGCAGCCAGCGUCUCCCCUCCAGGCUCCCUGGAUUUGCUGCAGCCCGGCUUCUCCAAGGCGCUGCUGGGGACACGGCUGGAGGACAAGUACUUGUGUUCUGCCUGUAAGAAUGUGCUGCGCAGGCCCUUCCAGGCACAGUGUGGGCAUCGCUACUGCUCUCACUGCCUGACCAGCAUCCUCAGUGCCGGACCCCAGAACUGUGCCGCCUGUGUUCAUGAGGGUAUAUACGAAGAAGGCAUCUCUAUUUUAGAAAGCAGCUCGGCUUUCCCGGACAACGCAGCCCGUAGGGAGGUGGAGAGCCUGCCUGCUGUCUGUCCCAGUGAUGGCUGUACCUGGAAGGGGACCCUCAAAGAGUAUGAGAGCUGCCAUGAAGGACACUGCCCAUUCCUGCUGACUGAGUGCCCAGCGUGUAAGGGCCUGGUGCGCCUGGGUGACAGGGAGCACCAUGUGGAGCAUGAGUGUCCAGAGAGGAGCCUGAGCUGCCGCCACUGCCAAGCACCUUGCUGCUGGGCCGAUAUGAAGGCUCACCAUGAUGUCUGCCCAAAGUUUCCCUUAACCUGUGAUGGCUGUGGCAAGAAGAAGAUUCCACGAGAGAAAUUUCAGGAUCACGUGAGGACUUGUGGCAAGUGCCAGCUCCCAUGCAGGUUCCAUACUGUUGGCUGCCUGGAGAUGUUGAAGGAGGAGGCCCGGGCAGAACACGAGGUGCAGCGGCUACGGGAGCACCUGGCCCUACUGCUGAAUGGACUCCUGGAGACCCGGCUCCUCUCAGGGGACGGUGUUCGAGAGCUGGGGGACUGUGAUGCCCAUACACCUGGCCCAGCAUCAGAAAGCCCCAAGACUACCGAACUGUUGCGGAGAUGUGAGGAGCUGGAGAGGAAGACGGCCACCUUCGAGAACAUUGUGUGUGUCCUGAACCGGGAGGUGGAGAGGGUGGCCAUGACCUCUGAGGCCUGUGGCCGGCAACACCGACUGGACCAAGACCGGAUCGAAGCCCUGAGUAACAAGGUGCAGCAGCUGGAGAGGAGCAUUGGCCUGAAGGACCUGGCCAUGGCUGACCUGGAGCAAAAGGUCCAGGACAUGGAAGCAUCGACUUAUGAUGGAGUGUUCAUCUGGAAGAUCUCAGACUUUGCCCGGAAGCGGCAGGAAGCUGUGGCUGGUCGCACGCCUGCUAUCUUUUCCCCAGCCUUCUACACCAGCAGAUAUGGUUACAAGAUGUGUCUGCGCAUCUACCUGAAUGGAGACGGCACUGGGCGCGGCACACACCUGUCCCUCUUCUUCGUGGUGAUGAAAGGCCCCCACGAUGCUCUCCUGCGGUGGCCCUUCAAUCAGAAGGUGACAUUGAUGCUGCUGGACCAGAAUAACCGGGAGCACGUGAUAGACGCUUUCAGACCAGAUGUGACCUCAUCCUCCUUUCAGAGGCCAGUCACUGAAAUGAAUAUUGCCAGUGGCUGCCCCCUCUUCUGCCCUGUCUCCAAGUUGGAGGCUAAGAAUUCCUAUGUGCGUGAUGAUGCCAUCUUCAUCAAGGCAAUUGUGGACUUGACAGGGCUCUAGCUAUCUCCCUUAAGGCUUGGGCUGGGGUUGGGAAUCGCCAGGCCAUGGGGUUCAGUGAAGAGCUGUCACACUGGGCUUGAGCCUCAACCAUGUGGGCUGGCAUCUGCUGAAUCUGUCCCUACUGGGAGAGGACACUGGGCUGCAGGCCGCUCUGAGCCCUUGGUGUGCAGAGAGGAGCUGCUAUGGCCAGAGGGCAGGAGAGCCUCAUGGAGGGCUCUGUACCCCAUGUUGUCAUGAGGCCUCUGGGGAGAAGGGACACUUAGGCCUUGACCAUUGUUCUGGUCACUGUCCCUGUUGUUCAGCCUGGCUGGGCCAUUGAGCAGGAAGGUCUCAUGGCCAGAGGACCCUGUCAGCUAUGGCACAUGGGGUACACAUUCAGGCUGAUGUGACAUGUGGGCUACAGAUGUCUUUAUUAAACCAUCAGACGCUGUGUGCAUGGCUCCAGCCUUGGCUGUGACCUCUCCCCAGGGUCUGUCCUACCUCUCUGGCAAGGACUCUCACUCCUGGCACAGUGACCAGUGGCCUUGUUCAGAUUUGGGGACCUGAUGACAAGCACAUUGCUUCAUAACUGAUUACUUCAUCGGCAGCCAUCAGAGUCCUGGUGCUGGAGUCCCUGUUGAACCUGGGUUAGGGCCUCCGCCCGGGGGAGGGGGCCACAGAAACAUGCAGACUCGCUCUGGAAUCUGGGCUAAUGAAUUAUGUGACACUA